AUGGAUGAGAAGAGACGCAAAUCAUUCGUGAACAAAGUGAAGAAACUAAUAUCUCUCUCUAAAGAAAGAAAUCGAGCAAAACAAAUUAUUGAACCCGAUUCACAGCGAACUUCAGCUCAAAGGAUAUCAACUAAAAAGUUGACAAAACCUUCUCCUUCACCUGCAUUUACACGUCGACUGCACUGUGCCAAAGUAAGUGACGAGAAGCUUCACACGAAGCAAUCGCGCAAGCAAAGUAAACGUGUUAACAAUGAGAAUCAAAAUAUUGCUAAGGUUAAAAAGUCGCCUAAAACAAUUAAAAGUAAAACACACGAGAGCAAAUUUUCAUUAGAUGAAAAACAAAAAGAAACGUUUGUCAAUUUUAUUAAUGAAAUUUACGAUCUUGGUGUAAACGGACUGGUGCAACAGUUUGUGGACCAAGUUAGCACUUAUAAGCCUAAUAAUGAUCAGUGCGACGCUUUCAAAAGAAAUCCUAAACGGAAUCGAUACAAAUGUAUCCAAUGUUUGGAUAAUACGCGGGUAAUUUUAAAACAGGAACAAGAUUACAUUCAUGCAAAUUAUGUAACCAGCAAAUAUCUUUUGAAUCAAUUCAUUUGUACACAGGCACCAAUGAAAUCAACAGUAAAUGAUUUCUGGAUAAUGGUAAUGCAAGAAAAUGUUCGUUACAUCAUUAUGCUUUGUAAUUUGGUUGAAAGUGGCAAAAAAAAAUGUCACACAUAUUAUCCCACUGAAGUAGGCUCAAAAAUCAAAUUUAACGAAAUAACAAUAUCAAACGUAAAUGUCGAUUUGCGUGAUAGUAAAACAAUAAUAUCACAAUUAAAAGUUGAAAAAAAUGAUAGCGCAUUAUUUGUUUCACACGUGCUUUGGAAUGAUUGGCCAGAUCACGGAGUACCAAGCAGUGAAUUAGCGCCAUUUCAAAUUCUUAAAAUGGUGCGUCGAUCAAGGAAACGUCCAACUGUAAUACAUUGUUCAGCAGGUGUUGGUCGUACAGGUACAAUUAUCGCUAUUGAAAUGGGUCUUGAACAACUUCUUCACUGCGUACCACUGCAUUUGGUCGAACUAUGUAAAGAAUUAAGAAAUAUGCGUGCUUUUAGCGUGCAAACAGACUUACAGUAUGUUUAUAUUGCCAAAUGUUUAUUGGCUUAUGCAUGGUGUUGUGGGAUAUUUAUCAAUAUUCCAAAUCUGAUUCCGAAAUCAGAUUCAUUUGAUAAAAAAUAUAAGGAAUUAAUGGAAAGUCAACAAUAUUUAAAAGCGGUCGAAGAAUCACCAAGCGGCUUAAUAGCAAAUCAAAUGACAGGUAGCGUAAAUAAAAAAUCAAAAAGUGAUGGGAAGCGAAAGGAACUAAUUAAUAGCGACGGUUCUGAUUAA